UAUUUUCAUGUUAAGACUCCAAGACAGGAGAUUGCUUCUGCUACAACACCAUACGAGGAAGAAAGAAAACCAUUAGAGAUCCCUUUAGUUCUGUCCCUCUCUCUCUCUCUGAACCAUUACAACAGGGGACCAAAAGGGUCUUCCUGUUUCUUUCAUUUAUUUGUAUUAACCCAUCAAAGAUCAUUUCUUUGUCUCUCUUUGGUUACUUGGAGAGAGAGCGAGAGAGAGAGAGAGUUGGUGAAUUGUUGGAAGGUAGAAAAGAAAGAAGAAAUCAUGGUGGCGGCAAACAGGGAAAUGGCUGUGUACUGUUUCGAUACUCUUGUUGCUCACUACAACUCUGAUGAUGCUCCUCCUGCUGCUUUUGACGAGGGUCAACACCCAUUGUUUGUCACUUGGAAGAAAGUUGUCAACGGAGGUGAGCCUCGUUUACGUGGAUGCAUUGGGACUUUGGAAGCUCGAUACUUGGUUAAUGGAUUCCGGGACUAUGCUUUAACAAGUGCUUUGAGGGACCGCAGAUUCCCUCCUAUACAAGCUAAAGAAUUGCCUACUCUGGAAUGCACAGUUUCCAUUCUGACUAAUUAUGAAACUGCUAACAACUAUCUUGAUUGGGAGGUUGGGACACAUGGUUUGAUUAUUGAGUUUACCGAUCCUAAUAACAAUGUUAGGCGAAGUGCCACUUAUUUGCCUGAAGUGGCUGCCCAUGAAGGCUGGACAAAAGAGGAGGCAAUUGAUUCACUGAUGCGCAAAGCUGGCUACAGUGGCCACAUUACUGAGUCACUUCGAAAGUCUAUACAAGUGACUCGUUACCAGAGCACAUUAUUUACUUUGACCUACAGUGAUUAUGUCUCCUAUGUCAGGGCAACCAGGGGUGCAGCCCCGGCUAUUAAUGGGGUGAAGCCCGGCAACCAUUGACUCAUCCAAAUAAGCCUUUUAUUAAAAAGAAAAGGCUGGUUUGGCCUGAAAGAAAAGAAUCAUUAAGGGUGGAAUAAGUUUGUUCUUGUUCCACCAGCAUUUCUUCUUCAGUAAUUGUUAUGAACUGUCCUUGGUUUCUUCAAAUUCAUGGUGAUGAGCUCAGUUCCUGUGGCUCAUUACAGGACAUUCACAAGUUGGGCAGCUUCUCUGGUAAAGCUGUAUCAGAACUUGAAUCUAUCCCUUUGUGUUUAUUGACCAUGUUGUUCUUAUCUUUUGCUUGCAUGCAGAAGGCAUUACUAGCAGGCAAUUUUUAUAAUUAUAAUUCUUCGUGUUUAGUUUA